AUGGCUUCCGCUGCUGGGCGCUGCUGGGACUUCACCUUCUGUGGGGCCCCCGGGGGCCCCCCGGAGUCCGUUGAGAAUCCCCCGGGUUUUGAAUUUGCUGCCGAGGGUUUGGAGAAGGAGACGGAGUUCCUGGGAGCUCUACGACAGCAGCAGCAGCAGCAGCAGCAGCAGGUUGCUGCGUGUCCGGGCGGCUCUCCGCGGGCGGCUUCGGCGGGGAGCCCGGGCGCAGCAGCAGCAGCGGCCCCCCCCGCAGCAGCAGCAGCAGCAGCAGCGCCGCCGCUGUCGGAGGAAGCCGUGGCGCUGCUGCAGCGGAAAGUGUGGGAAAGCGCCGUGGCCCCUGCAAAGGCCCUUUCGAUGAAUCUUCUGAUGCUUUACAUGGGCGGGGGCAGCGGCAUUUUCGGGGUUUUGAUUGCGGUGUACGCGCUGCACUCGGGUGUACGUACACUGCUCCAGCUGUCUGUACACUUCAAACCCUUCGCAGACACCCCACAGCUGCGCUUCGUCGCGCUCGCCAGGUUUCUCAAGACCCAGGGGUGCUGCAGGACUUCACACGCGGCAAUGCGGUCUUCGGGGUCUUGGGCGCACAUCUGA